CCCAACAUCCCCUCAUCUCUGUCUCUCUCUCUCCCUCUCUCUCUCUCUGUGUGUGAUGCUGCAGCUCCUGUAGUCUCCAGUCUCCAGUAAACAGCAGUCAUGGCGACAGUGGUCCAACCGCUCUCUCUGGAUCGAGAUGUUGCCAGGGCUAUCGAGCUGCUGGAGAAGCUGCAGGAGUCCGGUGACGUGCCUGGUCACAAGCUCCAGUCACUGAAGAAGGUCCUUCAGAGUGAGUUCUGCACAGCCAUCAGAGAGGUGUACCAGUACAUGCAUGAAACCAUCACGGUGAAUGGCUGUCCAGAGUACCAGGCCAGGGCCACGGCCAAGGCCACGGUCGCAGCAUUUGCAGCCAGUGAAGGUCACUCCCACCCACGAGUGGUGGAGCUACCCAAGACGGAGGAAGGGCUGGGCUUCAACGUGAUGGGUGGCAAGGAGCAGAACUCCCCUAUCUACAUCUCCCGCAUCAUCCCCGGAGGUGUGGCUGAGAGGCAGGGCGGCCUAAAGCGAGGGGAUCAGCUCCUUUCUGUCAAUGGCGUGAGCGUGGAGGGCGAGCACCACGAGAAAGCGGUGGAGCUAUUGAAGGCGGCCAAGGACAGUGUUAAGCUGGUGGUUCGCUACACCCCCAAAGUGCUGGAAGAGAUGGAAGCUCGUUUUGAGAAGCUCCGUACGGCCCGGCGACGCCAGCAGCAGCAGAUCCUCAUGCAGCAGCAGCAACAGCAGCAGAACGUGGCCUCUCAGCAGAACCACAUGUCGUAGGUUGUUUCAAAAAAAGAAGAAGUGAAGGCGAGCGAAAAGGUGGAUCUCAAAGACCAUCUGUUUGUUGUUGAGGAUCCCAAAGGAAUCUCUCCAUCGUGGUAGAAACCAACAAGUAGAAGACUCUUUUACUUCCUCUCUCCCUUCCAGUGUACCACCGAUUACUGAGCAAAAACAAAGAGAGCCGUUCGUCCUAAAAAUUGGUGCUUUGAAAAACAAGUAUGAGGGAGUCUAGCAAUGAAAGUUGUCCAUUUUAACUUUGUAUUCACUUUUAUAAGUUGUUCUCCCCGGUUGUGAGUCUGACUGAAACGCCCGUUUCUUGUGUUUGUUGGUUUGUUUACAGUCAUCCACUUUUGAUUGUUCACCCACUUCCACUACACCGUGGCACCUUUGCCAUUUUGCCAUAGAUAUCAUUUGUACAGUGGUGUUUCUAUUCAUUUUUCAACAGGUGCUUGUAUCUCUGUAUGAAUGACCAUCAGUUUUAUUUUCAUUUUUGUCAAAUUUGUCCUGUUUUGGAAUAUGGAAUUUGUGAACUCUUUUUUACCUUAUAUAUUGUAGCAGGAAAGAUUUUGUAUCUUGUAGGUUUAGCAAUAACACACAUUCUUAAGUUUUUUCAUCCUUUGACACAAAAUUCACUAUCGGAUACAUGCGUACAUACAGAGUUUAUGGGAUACGUGCACAUGUAAAUCAUUGUAAAGUAAAAUGGGUCUUAUGUACUGUAAGGCAACUUCUGUGUCCAGUAUAUCCUCUGUGCCAUUUAAAGAGAUUAUUGAUUUACAGGUGGCAUAAAUAAUUAUUGUGCAAUAACUGUGAUUAUUACCAGACUCCUAACUGAGAUUUAUCUAGAAAAUAUACCAUGAGACCGAGAUGUUACCAAGAGAUUUUACCAAAGUUAAAAUCAGUCCUCAGAAAUGUAAAGUGUCCUGUUCUCGACAGGCAAACAGAAUGUCACCAGUUUUUAUUCGAACAGAGUGGGAAUUAAAUACACAAAAAUAAUGCUAGAAUUAUUGUCCAGUCUAUUUUAUAGUUUAUGAGAUCAGAGAUUUAUCAUACAUAAUAUUCUUCCUUUUAAAUAUAUUAUUUUCUUCCUAAGAUGUGCAGAUUAUUAUUUAUUCCUUGUAUAACUGCUGAAUAUUAGCCCAUAGUUCAUGUAGAUCCUGGUUUCUCUUUUGACAAUCAUUUUGAGAAGUUAUCAUGAGACUGAGUGGAAUGUUUCUCUUUCUGUCAUCCUCCGUACCUGUAACGAAAAUGUUGAUAAAAGUGAUUAUUACUUUUCUAUCGUCUUUGGUGCUAAGCGCUCCUUGUUGUGUGUUUUUCUUUGGCCCUACACUUCCCCGAGAUCACUGCUUUGUGUCUUUGUUAUCAUCUUGUAUUUCUCCUCUUUUUCUAUUUUUCUGUAAGUGGCUUUCUUUUCUUUGUUUGCUCAACUGUGCGGGCUUUACCUCUUUUUGUUCCCUUCAAUUUAUCCUAACUAAAUCCAAAACAUAAAAUACAUCACUUCCUGUGUGCCAGAGGUUGUUUUUUUUCCUCCAUCCAUGAAACAGCGAAUGAAAAACUGUCAUGACGUUAAUAUGUUGCAUUUUUUAUGAUUAUUCCUUUAUGGAUUUGUUGACAGAAAGUGAUCACCUUUCAUAACAUAACACCUAAUUGCACAAGUCCAGCAGAGCAAAAUCCUUCUAAAUGCAUAAAAUGUGUUGCGCGUUACCAUUUCCUAAACAACCUGAUAGCACUUAGGUCACAUUAAGGCAAAGCUGUUGUAUUAGGUCACCUCUGGGCUUAGGUUUUAUAGGACACUCACUCGUCAAGCAAAGCAUCUCCAUACAACUGAUCCCUUUUUGUAUCUUUAAAUCACAGGUACUCUUUCUUAAUUGACUGAACAUUUUUGAAGCUUAUGGUCCUGUACUUACCGUCAAGAUAAAAAAGCGACAACAAACUGUUGAUAUGCAAUUGUUAUACAUACUAUAUUUGUAUAAAUAAAUCUAUGUGCUUGUGUACAGUGAA